AGGGCCGAGUGCGCGGGGCAGUGGGAAAGGCGCCUAGUCAGCGUAUAGGUCGGUUGCCGUAACAACGGGCUGCGUAGCUGGUCGGCAAUGGCCUCUAACUUUAAGAAAGCAAGCAUGGCCUCAUCUGCCCAGCGAAAAAGGAUGAGUCCUAAGCCGGAGCUUACGGAAGAGCAGAAACAGGAAAUCCGGGAAGCUUUUGAUCUCUUUGAUGCUGAUGGAACUGGAACCAUAGAUGUUAAGGAACUUAAGGUGGCAAUGAGGGCACUGGGCUUUGAACCCAAGAAAGAAGAGAUCAAGAAAAUGAUAAGUGAAAUUGAUAAGGAAGGGACAGGAAAAAUGAACUUUAGUGACUUUUUGACUGUGAUGACUCAGAAAAUGUCUGAGAAAGAUACCAAAGAAGAAAUUCUGAAAGCUUUCAAGCUCUUCGAUGACGAUGAAACUGGGAAGAUAUCAUUCAAGAACCUGAGGCGCGUGGCCACGGAGUUGGGUGAGAGCCUCACUGACGAGGAGCUGCAGGAGAUGAUCGAUGAGGCAGAUCGAGACGGAGACGGAGAAGUCAGUGAGCAGGAGUUCCUGCGCAUCAUGAAGAAGACCAGCCUUUACUAAGAUCAGUGUCUUCUUUUCAUAUUGUGUGAAACUUGGGUUUUGAGAACACAAACUCUUUUCCCCCGCUGACCUUCGUAUAUAACUUUAAUAACACCCUUGAAUCUCUUUUAGGUAUUUGAAAGUGUUCUUAGACAUUAAAGUUCUUUGUAAGGUGACCUGCUGGUUACUUUAAUUCCCCAGAGCAAAAUGAGAGCCCGUUAAAGGGAGAAAAGGGUCUAAAGCUUUCACCCACCCGCAGUUCUGCCUUGUGUCGCGUCACUCUUGUCAUGCAUUUCCACACUGCUGCCACCACAGAAUGACUUGUUAGACAAGCACCCGUCGUGCCCAUGUCACUGGAAGCGGGGGCCUCUCUUUGGUGUUUCCCGUUAUAAUUGACACCUGAGUGCAGCUUGCUCUUUUCUAAAACCCAGUGAAGUUAGUCACUUGCAUUUGGAUGUGUUUGUGCUAUUUGUUUUGUUUUAAAAAUAAAGCCUUUUGUAUUUUGA